AUGGAGCCGAAGAAUGGCGAUUUUCAGACGCGCGAGUACUGGGACCAGCGCUAUGCGUCCGAGGCGCCGGAUGCAGACUUUGACUGGUUCCGCAAGUAUAGCGACAUCUCCGACAUUAUGCACGAACUCGUGCCCGACCGUGCGAGUCGCAUCCUGAUGUUGGGGUGCGGCAACUCGACGUUGAGUGCAGAUAUGUAUGAGGACGGGUACAAGAAUAUCGUCAAUUUGGACUACAGCUCGGUGCUCAUUGAAAAGAUGCAGCAGCGCGCUCCGGAUAUGGAGUGGAAGGUGAUGGAUAUCCGGGAGCUCGAGGAGCAUGCGGAUGAGCUGGGAGGCAAGGGGACAUGGGACGUAAUUAUCGAUAAGGGCACCAUGGACGCUCUCAUGGCCGAAAACGCCUCGGUCUGGAACCCAUCCGAGCAGGUGCUCGACAAUGUCCGCCGCGAAGUCGACGGCGUGCUUGCAUUGCUCAAAAGCCACACGGGCCUCUUUCUCUACUUUACGUUUGGCCAGCCGCAUUUCCGCAAGCCGCACAUGCAGCGGCCGAAUUGGACGAUUGAACAGCGCGAGCUGGGCGACACGUUCCAUUACUAUUUGUACAUUGGCCGCAAGGAGUAG